UGUCUCCAUCUAACAUCAACAGCAGAGGGGAAUAUGGAUGGACAUCAGUGAUGCUGGCAGCUGUCACUGGACAUCAAAGUGUGUUUGACCUCCUAGUGUCCAACCAAGCUGACCUCACACUGGUGGAUACAGAUGGUGACAGUUUACUUCAUCUUGCCUGUCGUGGUGGGAACACUGCUAUAGUACAACAUGUCAUGUCUCCAUGUAACAUCAACAGCAGAGGGGAAUAUGGAUGGACAUCAGUGAUGCUGGCAGCUGUCACUGGACAUCAAAGUGUGUUUGACCUCCUAGUGUCCAACCAAGCUGACCUCACACUGGUGGAUACAGAUGGUGACAGUUUACUUCAUCUUGCCUGUCGUGGUGGGAACACUGCUAUAGUACAACAUGUCAUGUCUCAAUCUAACAUCAACAGCAGAGGGGAGUAUGGAAGGACAGCAGCUAUGUGGGCCGCUGUCAGUGGACAUCAAAGUGUGUUUGACCUCCUAGUGUCCAACCAAGCUGACCUCACACUGGUGGAUGCAGAUGGUGAUAGUUUACUUCAUCUUGCUUGUCAUGGUGGGAACACUGCUAUUGUAAAACAUGUCCUGACACCUUCUAACAUCAACAGCAGAGGGGAGUAUGGAAGGACAGCAGCAAUGAGGGCAGCUGUCAGUGGACAUCAAAGUGUGUUUGACCUCCUAGUGUCCAACCAAGCUGACCUCACACUGGUGGAUGCAGAUGGUGAUAGUUUACUUCAUCUUGCCUGUGAGGGUGGGAACACUGCUAUUGUAAAACAUGUCCUGUCUCCAUCUAACAUCAACAGUAGAGGCAGACAUGGAUCGACAGCAGUGAUGCAGGCAGCUGUCAGUGGACAUCAAAGUGUGUUUGACCUCCUAGUGUCCAACCAAGCUGACCUCACACUGGUGGAUACAGAUGGUGAUAGUUUACUUCAUCUUGCUUGUCAUGGUGGGAACACUGCUAUUGUAAAACAUGUCCUGACACCUUCUAACAUCAACAGCAGAGGGGAGUAUGGAAGGACAGCAGCAAUGUGGGCCGCUGUCAGUGGACAUCAAAGUGUGUUUGACCUCCUAGUGUCCAACCAAGCUGACCUCACACUGGUGGAUGCAGAUGGUGAUAGUUUACUUCAUCUUGCUUGUCAUGGUGGGAACACUGCUAUUGUAAAACAUGUCCUGUCUCCAUCUAACAUCAACAGUACAGGCAGAUAUGGAUGGACAGCAGCAAUGAAGGCAGCUGUCAAUGGACAUCAAAGUGUGUUAGACCUCCUAGUGUCCAACCAAGCUGACCUCACACUGGUGGAUACAGAUGGUAAUAGUUUACUUCAUCUUGCCUGUCAGGGUGGGAACACUGCUAUAGUACAACAUGUCCUGUCUCCAUCUAACAUCAACAGCAGAGGGAUGCAUGGACAUACACCAGUAAUGAUGGCAGCUGUCACUGGACAUCAAAGUGUGUUUGACCUCCUAGUGUCCAACCAAGCUGACCUCACACUGAUGGAUACAGAUGGUGACAGUUUACUUCAUCUUGCCUGUGGUGGUGGUGGGAACACUGCUAUAGUAAAACAUGUCCUGUCUCCAUCUAACAUCAACAGUACAGGCAGAUAUGGAUGGACAGCAGCAAUGAAGGCAGCUGUCAAUGGACAUCAAAGUGUGUUUGACCUCCUUAUGUCCAACCAAGCUGACCUCACACUGGUGGAUGCAGAUGGUGAUAGUUUACUUCAUCUUGCUUGUCAUGGUGGGAACACUGCUAUUGUAAAACAUGUCCUGACACCUUCUAACAUCAACAGCAGAGGGGAGUAUGGAAGGACAGCAGCAAUGUGGGCCGCUGUCAGUGGACAUCAAAGUGUGUUUGACCUCCUAGUGUCCAACCAAGCUGACCUCACACUGGUGGAUGCAGAUGGUGAUAGUUUACUUCAUCUUGCUUGUCAUGGUGGGAACACUGCUAUUGUAAAACAUGUCCUGUCUCCAUCUAACAUCAACAGUACAGGCAGAUAUGGAUGGACAGCAGCAAUGAAGGCAGCUGUCAAUGGACAUCAAAGUGUGUUUGACCUCCUAGUGUCCAACCAAGCUGACCUCACACUGGUGGAUACAGAUGGUAAUAGUUUACUUCAUCUUGCCUGUCAGGGUGGGAACACUGCUAUAGUACAACAUGUCCUGUCUCCAUCUAACAUCAAGAGCAGAGGGAUGCAUGGACAUACACCAGUAAUGAUGGCAGCUGUCACUGGACAUCAAAGUGUGUUUGACCUCCUAGUGUCCAACCAAGCUGACCUCACACUGAUGGAUACAGAUGGUGACAGUUUACUUCAUCUUGCCUGUGGUGGUGGUGGGAACACUGCUAUAGUAAAACAUGUCCUGUCUCCAUCUAACAUCAACAGUACAGGCAGAUAUGGAUGGACAGCAGCAAUGAAGGCAGCUGUCAAUGGACAUCAAAGUGUGUUUGACCUCCUUAUGUCCAACCAAGCUGACCUCACACUGGUGGAUACAUAUGGUGAUAGUUUACUUCAUCUUGCCUGUCGUGGUGGGAACACUGCUAUAGUACAACAUGUCCUGUCUCCAUCUAACAUCAACAGUAGAGGCAGAUAUGGAUGGACAGCAGCAAUGAAUGCAGCUGACUAUGGACAUCAAAGUGUGUUUGACCUCCUUGUGUGCAACCAAGCUGACCUCACACUGGUGGAUACAGAUGGUGACAGUUUACUUCAUCUUGCCUGUGGUGGUGGGAACACUGCUAUAGUACAACAUGUCCUGUCUCCAUCUAACAUCAACAGUAGAGGGGAGUAUGGAUGGACAGCAGUGAUUCAGGCAGCUGUCAGUGGACAUCAAAGUGUGUUUGACCUCCUAGUGUCCAACCAAGCUGACCUCACACUGGUGGAUACAGAUGGUAAUAGUUUACUUCAUCUUGCCUGUGGUGGUGGUGGGAACACUGCUAUAGUACAACAUGUUCUGUCUCCAUCUAACAUCAACAGUAGAGGGGAGUAUGGAUGGACAGCAGCAAUGAGGGCAGCUGUCAGUGGACAUCAAAGUGUGUUUGACCUCCUAGUGUCCAACCAAGCUGACCUCACACUGGUGGAUACAGAUGGUGAUAGUUUACUUCAUCUUGCCUGUCAGGGUGGGAACACUGCUAUAGUACAACAUGUCCUGUCUCCAUCUAACAUCAACAGCAGAGGGAGUGAAGGAUACACACCUGUGAUGAAAGCUGUAUUCCAUGGACAUCAAGAUGUUGUUGACCUCCUUGUGCAGCACAAAGCUGACCUCACACUUCUAACAGACAGUAAUGAGGACAUUGAAUGUGUAGCUCAGAUGGGAGGACAUCCUACACUAGCCAAGUAUCUUCAAACAGUUAAACAUCCUCACUGAUUAAGCUGUGUGUUAUGUGUUCUGAAGGAAAUUUAUUGAUUGUGUAUUGCAACUAUGUUCUACUGUAGAACAUUCAUUCUUGCAGACUUGGAAACACUGUAAACAAUUAGUCAAUACGUUUUGUAUUUAUGCUGAAUAUAUUUAAACAGUAUUGCUUAACAAUUGUUAAGUGGUUGUCAACAUUUGAACCUGUUGCCUACAUAUGCAGGUGAGCUACAGUGCUGAAGCACCAUAUUAACAGUUAAGUCAGUUUUCUCAAAUUUUCUCUGAGAGAAAAUUAUUUUUCCAUUAUUUAAUCUGAAUAUAUAAUGUGAGAGCAAGGUGGAGCUUUUCGUCUUUAAAAGACAGGAACAUCGGUGAAAUGAUGAUUUUACAAACUUCCCAUCUUUUUCUGAUACAAAGAGCUAACACUGACCAUCCAUGUAUUGCCACUCAGGUAGCAUUGUAGAAAUGUCCUAAUUUUGCUCUAGAGAAGUUUGUACAAAUAUUGUGAUUCUAAAUUUUGGCUCAGUUUGUAAUAAAAUUCAAUCAUCCUUGAAGGUU